AUGGCCGUGUCAUCGACCUCGACAUCGGCGGAAUGUCUUCUUCGUGUGUGUGCAGAUAUUGCAGCACAGCUUGUCCAUGCACAUGAAGAAUCCAAAUCUGUCUCAUUGAAUGCAAUCCGCAGCGCUUCGUGCAAAAAACAUGGAUACGGAGGCGUUCCGAGACUCACAGAUAUCAUUGCUGCGAUCCCCGACACGCACAAAAAGAUCCUUGUGCCAGCAUUGCGUGCAAAGCCAAUUCGCAGCGCGAGCGGCAUUGCUGUUGUCGCGGUCAUGUGUAAGCCGCAUCGCUGUCCACAUAUUGCGCUGACAGGCAACAUUUGUGUGUAUUGCCCCGGAGGACCGGAUUCAGACUUUGAAUACAGCACACAGUCCUAUACAGGAUAUGAACCAACAUCUAUGCGUGCAAUUCGCGCACGGUACGACCCAUACGAACAGAGCCGCGGUCGUGUACAACAACUUCGCGAAUUGGGACACAGCGUCGACAAAGUCGAAUACAUCAUUAUGGGCGGCACUUUCAUGAGCUUGUCGGAGCAGUAUCGGAAUGAAUUCAUCGCUCAGCUGCACAAUGCACUAAGUGGAUACACGGGACUGGACGUCGAUGAAGCAGUACGAUACUCGGAGCGGUCUCAAACCAAAUGCAUUGGCAUCACGAUCGAGACGCGUCCGGACUAUUGUUUGCGCCCGCACUUGUCUCAGAUGCUGCGCUACGGGUGCACGCGUCUUGAGAUUGGCGUGCAAAGUGUGUAUGAGGAUGUGGCUCGUGAUACAAAUCGCGGACAUACAGUCAAGGCAGUUUGUGAGACGUUUCAUCUCGCGAAGGAUGCCGGCUACAAAGUUGUGGCUCAUAUGAUGCCAGAUCUUCCCAACGUCGGUGUUGAGCGUGAUAUGGAGCAGUUCAAAGAGUACUUUGAGAACCCUGCAUUCCGCUCGGACGGCCUCAAAUUGUAUCCCACGUUGGUCAUUCGCGGCACGGGUCUGUACGAACUAUGGCGAACAGGUCGCUAUAAGAACUACACGCCAUCUUUUCUCGUCGAUAUCAUCGCUCGCAUCCUUGCAUUGGUGCCUCCCUGGACACGCGUGUACCGCGUGCAGCGUGAUAUUCCUAUGCCACUUGUCUCGAGUGGUGUUGAGAAUGGCAACCUGCGGGAGAUGGCUCUCGAGCGAAUGCGCGACUUUGGCGUCACAUGCCGCGACGUUCGAUACCGAGAAGUCGGUAUCCAUGAAAUUCAUACGAAAGUGCGUCCAGAGGAAAUUGAAUUCCUUCGUCGUGACUAUACUGCAAAUGGCGGCUGGGAGACGUUCCUUUCGUACGAGGAUCCUGACCGAGAUAUUCUCGUCGCUUUACUCCGUCUUCGAAAGUGUUCCAGCACAGGAACGUAUCGGACAGAGUUGCUCAAAGACGGACAGACGUCGAUUGUGCGUGAAUUGCACACGUACGGCAGUGCUGUCCCGCUUCACAGCCGCGAUCCGACCAAAUUCCAGCAUCAAGGCUUCGGUACCUUGUUGAUGGAGCAAGCCGAAGCCAUUGCUCGUGACGAGCAUGGCAGCGUAAAGAUGGCUGUCAUUUCAGGCGUUGGAACGCGUGAUUAUUAUCGCCGACUUGGCUAUGAGCUCGAAGGCCCUUGUACGUAUAACGCAUGCCUGAACUAA